GGAAAGUGUGGGUCCUGAAAAUCAUUAUUUGCGUAUCUCUUUGUCAGCUCUGAAUGGAAUGGCUGCCAACAAACCUCAGGUCGAAACACCACAACCAUCUUCAUCGAUAUAGAUAUACCCAAGAUGUUUCUUUCAGCUGCUCGUCUUGCCGUAUCCCGCACAGUACCUCGUGCGGUACGAUCUCUUGGAUCCUCUUCAAACUUUGUCGCCUUGAGGCAGAGGGCUCCUGCAGUCUACACAUUGCGACACUUCUCUUCUCCACCGGCCUUCCUUAACGAGAGCGAAGUCGUUGAUCGCAUCAUGGGGGUUGUCAAGAAUUUUGAUCAAGUGGAUCCCAGCAAGGUAACGGCCGAGACCAAAUUCGCCGAUGACUUGGGACUUGAUUCCUUGGAUAUUGUGGAAGUUGUCAUGGCCAUUGAGGAUGAAUUUGCCAUUGAAAUCCCAGACACUGAAGCAGAUGCCAUUGCCAGCAUUGGUGAUGCUGCUGAGUACAUUUCAAAGCACCCCAUGGCCAAAUAAAAGCUGUGCCAGUUGCGCUCUCUUUUUGUCGACAUUCAGGGAAUGCCAUUUGAGCGGUGUCUUAGGAUUAGAACUUCUGUUGAUUGCAAAAAUAUAUAUCUCAGUGACACUAAUGCUCCCCGCAGUAGCUAGUAGUUCUUCCGACUUCCGACUGGCACGAGUAUAAUUAGUAAGCAGUAAUUGGUUGGUGU